GUGUUGUUGUUUGUGAAACGCUCCCGUUUCCAGAUCUGGCCGUUGGGCUCUCUUUCCUGUCUCUAUAAGAUUUCAAUUUCAACGAGGCGGUGCCACUGAAAUUCAAAAUUUUAGGGUUAUUAUUAGUAGAGAGUGAGACAGAUAGCUCAAAAUUCAAAGAGAUCAACAAGAAUUAGCAGUAACGAAGUGGGAAAAUGGACAAGUACGAGAAGCUGGAGAAGGUAGGCGAAGGCACUUAUGGAAAAGUUUACAAGGCGAAGGACAAAACUAGCGGCCAAUUGGUGGCUCUUAAGAAAACGAGACUUGAAAUGGACGAAGAAGGCAUUCCUCCCACCGCUCUGAGAGAGGUAUCUCUCCUUCAAAUGCUUUCUCAAUCUCUUUACGUUGUCCGCCUUCUCUGUGUUGAGCACGUUGAUUCUUCUCAGAAAUCCGCCUCGAAUCCGAGUCCCGACUCCGCUUCUCUUCAUAAUCAUAGUUCUAAUAAUAAAUCUAAUCUUUACUUGGUCUUUGAGUAUCUCGACACCGAUCUCAAGAAGUUCAUUGAUUCUCAUCGCAAAGGCCCCAAUCCUAGGCCUCUUCCUCCAACCCUGAUUCAGAGCUUCUUGUACCAGCUUUGCAAGGGGGUGGCCCACUGCCACAGUCAUGGUGUUCUUCAUAGGGAUCUCAAGCCGCAGAAUCUUCUUCUGGACAAAGAGAAAGGGAUUCUGAAGAUUGCUGAUCUUGGUCUUGGGCGUGCCUUUACUGUUCCUCUCAAGAGCUACACUCACGAGAUUGUUACUCUCUGGUACAGGGCUCCCGAGGUCCUCCUUGGUUCCACUCAUUACUCUACUGCUGUUGAUAUGUGGUCCGUUGGUUGCAUUUUCGCUGAAAUGGUUAGAAGGCAGGCCUUGUUUCCUGGCGACUCUGAGUUUCAACAGUUGCUUCAUAUUUUCAGGUUGAUGGGAACGCCAACGGAGAAACAGUGGCCUGGUGUUACUUCUCUGCGGGAUUGGCAUGUGUAUCCUGUGUGGGAGCCUCAAAACUUGGCGCGUGCUGUUCCAUCUCUGAGUCCUGAAGGAGUAGACCUUCUAUCGAGCAUGCUCAAAUAUAAUCCGGCAGACAGAAUCUCAGCCAAAGCAGCGAUGGACCAUCCCUAUUUUAGCAGCCUUGACAAGUCUCAAUAUUGAAGUUGCGCACUGCCGCCCCUCUACUUUGAAGUGUUCUAUCUUUCUCUCUGUUACAUAUUAUAGUGUGCAUUAGGAAUCCACUUGGUUCAAACUUCAAAACAAAUAUGGUGUAUUUGGUUGUCAUCAUCUUGGUGAUUUCACCAAUUGAACUUAUGUAAAAUUUGAUUCCUUCUCAUCUA